AUGGAGAUCCAGUUCUCUCUCCCCAUCAAUACGGCCAAGCAGAGCAAGUCUCCUGACGAUGGUGCCGAGUCUCAGCCUCCAAAAGCUACUCCUGCUGCGAAUCAAGGUGUUAAGCUCAUCCACACAAAGAAAGCGCCGCUGUUGCUCACGGAACCCGCCGUCAACACCAUCCGCUUUGCCAAUAGCGAGCAGAGGGCGUAUUUUGACGAAUGGUCCAAACUGUCCGUGGGCUUUCUGAGUGGCGGACUAAAUCAAACGCGCUUGUGGACAACGACUAUGCCGCAGGUAUCCUUGGAAGAGACGGCAUUGCGAUACGGAGCGAUGGCUGUGGGCGCAUUGCGGAAGGCAUACGAGCUUGGGAGUCCAUCUACGGCACUGACAAACGGGAACAAGCAUUAUCUCAACGCUGUCAUCUACUACUGCGAGGCACUGCGACUACAAGCGAAAGCUAAACCUACUAGGGAGGGCUUGCGAACAGCCCUUCUAUCAUCCCUUUUGUUUAUUUGUUUCGAGGCGCAGCGAGGAAACAUGCCUGCCGCUCUAAAGCAUGUCACGCACGGAUUCAGCAUGUUGAACGAGCUGGCUGCUUGUACGGACCUCGCUCCAAGCCUGGUUAGCAUUGCGCCGGCACCGCCAGCACUGGUGCAGGAAAUUCUAGAUUGUUACAAACCACUCGAACUCCAGUCGAGAUCUUUCAUGGGUUCAUACAAGAAAUUCUUCUUCCCGCCGACCCCAACCAAAGCUGUGCCUGGCGCAUUAGCACCAGGAGUUUGGGGGAUUGCCACGACGAACCAAGGCAGUCCGGCUGCGAGUUCUGAUACUAUGCACUCGAUUCCCAGUCCACCAAGUCAUCCAGGAACCCCAUGGCAAAGUCCACCGUCAUCAAGUACACUGGCAUCUCAGACGGGGCUACCGAGCCCGCAGAGCCAAAGCAGCAACCCAGGGACACCACCCGGUCACUCGCCUCUCCAGGGCGCUCGACGGUUUGCCAGCAUUGCGCCCUUUACGAAACACUCUCCAUACUUUCGACCGAGACAAUCGAACAUCACUACGCUGGAUAAUUUGCCACAAGUGUUCAAGGAUCUGGACGAGGCCCAGGGAUAUUGGAGUUUGGUCCAGAAGGCCAUGGUUGCACAUCUCCCCAUGUUGACCAUGGUGACCUCACAACUCGGUCUAACGAGAGCAGCCAGCGAGGUGGAGCUAGACAUGAAGCUUUCCAGCGUCAAGAAGAACCCUCAGAUCACCAAAUUCAUCGCAGAAGUAAGAUACUGGAUCUCCCGGUGGGCUGAAGCUCACGAGCCAGUAUACCGGGCCAUCGGCCGCAACGCCACCAACGACCACCAGACGUACCUUCAAGCAAUCAACCUGCGAAUUGAAUAUCUCAUCCUGUACAUAUACACCACCGUGCCCCGAUUCUCCGGCCUCGUCACGGCCAAGGGCCUCACGCCCCAGUACCGCGAAAUCAACCGUCUCGCAGAAACCCUGCUCAUGGCCCGACCGAAUUGCGGAUUUGCAAUGGACUCGGGGUGGACAUGGCCGCUCUUUAUUUCGUCAUUCAGCUGUCGAGACCGUGCGGUCCGCGAAGACGCCAUCCGUAUCCUGGGCCAGUACCCGAUCCGGAAUGCCCUCCGUGACAGUCGAGUAUUCCGGGCAAUAGCGAUACGCAACGAAGAAGUCGAAGAGCAAACCGCCAUGGAAGGGACGGAACACGAGCAGUGGCUGCGGCUGCGGCGACGAGAGCUGGUGUUUGAAGAUUUCGGCACUAACAUCAUAUAUCGAUCUGCGCAGAAGAACGCCGAGACUGGGGCGUGGGAGCUUGUAGAGGAGAUUGCCGAGUUUACCGUCUUGCCCGACGGGAAGCUGGACUGGCAUCGGCAACCGGUGUCGGGCUCGGCGUCCAUCCUGUCGGGCGUGUGUUAG